CUCUGUUCUUCCCCAGGUCUGAGAGUAGCAGGCUGCAUUCUGAGUGCCAGCGUCUGGCUGGGGAGAGGAAGGAGACCAUGGCCCUGGUGGGGAAGGAUGUGUCUGAUGACCCGUCACUGACCCAGCUCCAGGCAGAGAGAACUCAGCUGCAGAGUCACCUGCAGCGCUGCCUCUAUGAGAUCCAGCAGAGAGAUCUGCACUGCCAGCAGCUCAACGCCAAGCUGCAGCAGGUGGUGGAGGAGAAAGGGGGGGUGUCGGCCCAGCUGAGGGCAGUGUCUCAGACGCUGAGAGACACCCAGAACCGCUGCUAUUGGCUGGAGAACCAGGCCCUGCCUAACCAGCACCACCAGGGCCUUGCAAAGCAGGGGGCGAUGUCUGUAGAAGUGCCUCCCGGAGCUCCCCAGGAGAGGAGCAGUGCUGUGGUAGACAUGGAAGCACUGGAGGCCGGCGAGCUCAGGACCAGGCUGGUGGAGGUGGAGCAGAGCGUGGUUCAGCUAAGUGAGAGUCUGGCUGAAGAGAGGACCAGGAGGGAAGCAGCCGAGGAAGCUCUGGGACUGGCUGAGGACAGAGCCAAGAGCGUUGACUCCAGUCCAUCCAGGACGACCCAGAGAGACUUCAGCAUCCAGCUGGAUACAGAGGAGGAGUGGGAGGCCCUCAUCCUCAACCCCAACGAACCCCUGGUCACACGCAAGGUGAAAGGCGGGAUGCUGGCCUGCAGGCGCUGGCUUCGGGGCGGAGCCUGUACUGCUCCAAGCUGCUGACAUCACGGGCCCGCUCGCGCUACCUCUUCCUUGGCUACCUGCUGAUUCUGCACGUGGCUGUCCUCAUGUGCCUCACCGGCGCCCUCUAGUGCCGUGGGGUUGAAAACAAUCACAAAUUGCAGAUAGAAAUAUAAUUUAUAGAGCAGACUGAGGCACGUUUCCUCCAUGACAAAGACGAUUUGUUCUGCGCAAUGUUUUUCUAUGUAGUUCACUUGACGCUGGGGGUGUUAACAUUGCAGAUACAAAUGUCAUGUGUAGACAAGACACCAUGGCCCGUUUCCUCCACGACAAAGAGGAAUGUCUGUUCUACUCCAUUUCGAGGUAGUUAACCAUGUCUUUUCCCCCUGGAAUGUUAUUCCACCUUUUAGAAUAAGCUGCAGGGUUUUGUCUAGUAUCCAGAGUUUUCAUAAGAGUGAGGGCUUUUGGGGUGUGUCUCAAGUCUUGUGGCUUCUUCGCCUCACCUCCUUCCCUUGGUUCUCACUGGUCUGAAAAGAAAAUGGACAGCUGAAAGUGGGUCCUUUGGUUAGAUCCUACCUUCUGGUUUUCACCCAUUUUUUGUCAGAUCAGUGCAGACGGAGGCGAGAGGAAGAAGACUGUUAUUGACUAUUAAGACUCAGCCUUUGGAGUGUCUCAGGAGAAAGUGCCGUUUCGAUCCUGUCUGUUAUGUGUUAAAGCCUGAGACGGAACAGAAAGCCAUAUCCAUUCUACAUGAACGCUAGCCUAAGACGUGUGUGUGUGUGUGUGUGUGUGUGUGUGUGUGUGUGUGUGUGUGUGUGUGUGUGUGUGUGUGUGUGUGUGUGUGUG